AUGAUUGUGACUGGAGAUGAUCAGGCAGAAAUGCAAAAUCUUCAGAAGUAUCCGGCUUCCGAGUUUGAGAUGAAGUCAUUGGGUGAUUUGAAAUACUUUAUUGGGAUUGAAGUUGCCAGAUCUAAACAUGUGAGUGUAGUGAGUCAGUUUAUGCAUUCUCCUAGUGAACAUCAUAUGGAUGCUGUGAUGCAUAUUUUGAGGUAUCUGAAAGUAACUCCUGGAAAUGGGUUAAUAUUUUGCAAGUAUGGUCAUACAGAUGUGGAAGUGUAUACGGAUGUUGAUUGGGCUGGCUCAGUCACUAAUAGACGUUCUACGUCUGGGUAUUUCACAUUUGUUGGUAGUAAUCUUAUUACUUAG